AUGAAUAAUUAGCAAUAAAUUAUAGCUGUCUUAACCAAAAUCAAAGAAUCCCAAUAGAAAAUCAAAGUUAAGACAUCAAAAUAUCUAAAACAAUUAGACACAUUCAAGAUGCAAUUAACUUCCUAAGAAAUUCGAUUAUAUUUAGUAGGCAAUGAGCAAUUACCAUAUGGAUUAUUGUAUUGUAUAGGAAAUAAAUCAAAAGUUGAUGGCAGUCUAAGGAAAUCUGCUUAUUAUAGUGCUGAAUUAUUUCUGAAUAUUCUAGAAAAACACCCUCAAAGAAUUGAAUUCAUUAAAGUAUUUGCAGAUCUUGAAGAUGAUGAAUACAAAUUGCUUUCAUUAUCUACUCACGUUUUGGCUGAUAAAAAGUUGUAAGAUAAAGGGCUUAUUGCUUUCAAAAUAAUUAAGUUCCUAAAGGAUGAGAGGCCUCAUUUUAAUCUUGAAUCCAUCCUUGAAAUUAAAAAACUCAAGGAAUAAUUCGAUAAUUGGUACAAGACUGUUAGAAUCUAAUAAAUUUAAGAGCAUAACAAAUAAACUUCAUGGAAAGAAUCUGAUUAGCCUCCUCCUGAGAACCUGAACUUAUAAAGAGAACAAAAUAAAAGAUAGAAGAAAUUAGAACACAUUACUUUAUAAUGGGAUGGUAAUCCUGAGUAUUUAAUUAAGACUUUCUAUAAUCCUUUCGUUCCUUAACAAAGAACUACUAAAUCUAAUAAAAAUAGAAGUGCAGCAUUAAAAAAAAAGUAAAUAGCCGAAAGUUUAAAUGCUGUUAUUGAUGUAGAAUCAGUUGAACAAAUUAAACAAUAAAAUAAGAAUUUGGAUAAAUUGAUUGUUAAAAUUCAUCUAGACUCUCCUUAAUUUGAUGCCUAGACAUUCUUAAAAAUAGUUUAGCCAUAAAUUACAAAGGAAUCUAUGACUAUGCUCUAAUAAUAAAAUAUAGAGAUGAAUAAGAAUAUCGUCUACUAUUUUAUAGAUGAUUUCUUCUGUAUUAACUAAGGCAUUUUGUAAAUUCAUAAUGAAUUCAUUUCCAAAGAAUUUAAAGAUUAAAUCAAAAGGAAAAAGUCAUUGGCAUCUAAUGAUAAGUCAGGCCAACCUAUGCAAGUUGAUCAAAUCUUAAUUCUAGGUUCUCUGUCUAAAAGAACAUUUCAAUUACUGUCUAAAUUAAAUUCUAUUUCAUAAUCAAUGAAUUAGCUAAGAAUGAGCUAAGAAAAACUGAAAUCAGUAAUUGAUUAUAUCAGGAAAUGCGAAUAAUAUGUUUAAUUGCCAAAUUAAUUAAAAGAAGCCUAUCUACAAAGAAAUAAUGCUCGAGUGAUGAAACUCAUUUCUCUAUAAAAGGAGAAUAUGAAUUAGUACAAAAAUAUAUCAUUGUUUAAAUAGUUGAAUGAAUAGAUAAAUCAAGUAAUGAAAUAAAUAUACAAUGACAUGCUUCAAUAGAUUAAGCAAGACAAUCUGGAUUACAAUUAGAUUUUAGAAAUAGCCGAAUACAUUAAUGAACUAAAUCUGACUUAGAAUAGUACUUAAGAUAUUGUUAAUAAUCUUUAGCAAUCUAUAAAGACAAGCUUCAAUGCUUACUUUAAUAAGACUUUGCAAUAGAGGGAGAAUGAAGCCUACUAAGUUGAGAUGAUCAGAGGUGAUUUUAUUAUUGAAUUCCUCUAAUAAUGUUCAUUGCCUUAAAAGGAAUUACAACUAUAAAACUGCAAAGCUUUAGAAAGUUUUGUAAGUGGCAAAUUCAGUAAACAAGUGAAAUAGUUUUAAAACUUAUGUCGAGAUCUUAAUCUGAAUCCAAAUAUGCAAAAAUUGAAGGAGGAAAUUGAGAAUAAAUUGUUAUAGUUCUUGGAUUCGACUUAAAAGUCUUGGUUUAGUUAACAAUAUAGUGCGAUAUUGUGUUAAAGAAUAAAUCAGGAUAUUGAAUCGAUUAAGAAUAUGGCAUAGAUAAUAGGAAAUCUUUUUGGAGAGACCCCAAAGAUAGAUAAUUCUAUAAAUGAUAUAGAGGUUUAGUCAUUAUCCUUGCAAUUCUCAAAUUACACAUUAAAAUAGGUAAAACCCAAUUUUGUGGUUCCUCAAAGAGACUUUUUCGGGGUGAAUUUUUCUGAAUUCAUAUUGCAGAUAUUUAACGAGAUACUUAUGAUAUCUAAGAAUAAAAAUGUAGAUGGAUAACUAUUUUUGCAAUUAGUGCAAGACAGUCUGAAUUACAUUUAAUCGAGUUGCAAGGAGGCCCAAGAUUAUCUGAUAUUUUUGCAUAAUAUAAAGUUGAUUUCUAGUCAGAUCAAAGAGUUGGCUUAGAGUGUGUAUUCAAAUUCAAAGAAACAAAAAACCUUCAAAGAAUUUGCUGAACCAAUUCAAUAAUAAAUAAAUGGAAUUUUGUCUAAGUAUUACCAGCCAUGUCUCCAGAGUUAUGUGAAGUUAUUAAACCUUGAUUAGCCUUAAGGAAUGGAUAUGAUACCAAGACCAUAUGUCAUAUAAUGGUUAACGGUGCUGAAUGAGCAGGCUGUUGUUUUGGCCUAAAUUAAUUUGGAUUAAUCGGUUACUGAUUCAAUUAUGUCAUUUAUUGUUAGUUAAUGCUUCAAGAAUAUUGAAGCAGUAUCCACACAUGCGAAGAGAGCUAAGUUCCUGGACUAAUUAAAUCAUGAGAUAAAUUUAAUUAAAAUAAUGACAUUGACUUUUUAGGGAUCUGUGUCGUAGGAAGGGUUUUAGAGAUUGCAAAGAAAGUUGGAAGAACUGAGUCAAAAUACAUUGUCAGAUACCAGUGAAUGGGCACGAACUUAAAAAUUUAAAAUGUCAUUUAAUUUUAAAGCAUUAUAUGGUUAUUAUUAACAAUAAUGA